AUGAAAGCGGUGACCACAUGGCUGUUCCAUACGCCGGAUGGGCGUCCAGCGACUCCUGAACUAGAACUGCAAAGUGUGCACAAACCUGCGACUCCGACACCAUCCCCGACACAAAGCGAAGCAUCUAGUCACAUCUAUACGGGGACCCUUGCUGAAGGCCUGGAGCUGCUGACAGAGGCGUUGCAAGGAGAGUCGGACCGUCUGAGCGAUGCGUUUGCGAAGAUUUUGGACUCUAUGGUCGAUUCAGAGCUGGUAACGUCCACACUGUAUAAAAUUGACGACGAGCUGAAAUUCCUGAUUAUGGAGACGUUUCUGUCCGACAGGAACCUGGUCGAGCGCUUCAAAGCACACCGCCAGCAAAACAGAGAGCGCGACGCUUUGCUGGCGAUCGAGCGUGCCAAACGGGGGCUGGAGAUGGCGAGCACGGCAGGCAGCUCCGUGAGUCCUUCAGAACACCCUUCUUCAGAGGACGAGGGUGCCAAGUGGACCCUGCGGUUUGUGGAAUUUGUCGACCUUAUUCUCACAAUGUGGGAGCUGCUUUUCACUGGUAUCGUCAGUCCGAGCGUCUCGUACGUCUAUGCUCAUCUCUGCGAAUGGGGCUCCAAGUACGACCUUGGAAAGUAUGUUGCAACAGCUCUAUUGUUCUGCAACAUUAUUCUCCGCCGAUUGGUUACUGUUUUAGGCCGUCUUGUCGGGCGCGACGAAAACUCGCGUAUCACGUCUUUGGCACCAACGUGA